AUGGGUUCCUCCAAAUUGAGUAUUACAUGCGUUUUUGUUGCUAUGCUGGUCAUUUCAUGUGACCUUCUCUCAGUUGAAAUGGGAAUUAGCGUGGAAGCUAAACCACCUCCGACUUGUGGACCAGAUUGUACUGAUGAAUUCUUGAAAGAAGACUGCAAUAACUAUUGUUUAGGUUUGUCUUAUGAAACUGGUGCUUGCAUUUUAUUCAGAGGGAUGCCUUCACAAAAUCGUUGUUGUUGUUUUUAAAUGAAAAUUAUAUAAUUCUUUCAUCCUCUUUGAUAUGA